CAUCAUGAACUUGCACAAGUUAACGUUCUUUAUAGUAGCUCUCGUUGCUUCUAUUAAUCUGACUGUGGCUGAGGGUGAAGCAGAGGCAGAGAUAAUACCAAGACCUACGUUGAAUCCUUGCAUGCUAGCAUGUUUUGACAAUUACGAUUGCGAUCGCCACAACGUAGACUUAGUCUAUGCAAUAGUAAAUAACCAAUGUGUUUUAUAUCAGAAUAUUUGCUGGUUCAAGAAAUUUAAUUGCAAACGCAUCAAUGAUUGCCUCCCAACCGUUCCCGAAGCUACGCACAGAGCUUGCGUUGGCGCUUGCAACGUCCCGUGCAGGGCCAUCCAUACCAAAGGUGUGUGCGCCACAUUCUACGAUGGAAGCCAAAAACUUGGCCGUAAAAUCUUCUUCACAAGCAAAUGUGCAGCUGAUAAUUAUGCCUGCCAGAAUGGUGUUGCAUAUACUGAGAUAACUACUGGUCCAUGUCCUUAAAUAAAUACAAAACUUAAUGGAAAAUAUGAAGCAUACAGCAUAAAUUUUAAUAUUUGUAUGAAACAAAAUUUAAUAAAAAGUUUUUCAAAUA